GCCGACUAUUGUCACAUAAACAACAUGCGCUGCUGUGCAUUUCAAACGUUGAUCUUCUAUUUGCUGGCUGCCCGUAGUAAUGUGGAAGCGGGCGUUUGCGAGGAAACAAUUGAAAUGGAAAUGACGCAAGACGAUAUUGAUUUCAUCGUAGAACUUCACAACCAGUUGCGUCAACGAGUGGCGUCUGGCAAAGAAUAUCGAGGAUCACCUGGGCCUCAGCCACCUGCCUUUUACAUGCCUGAUUUGGAAUGGGAUGAAGAGUUGGCCAAUGUCGCCUCGGAGUGGGCCCACAAUUGUGAAUUUCAACACGAUCCGAACCUCCGAACUAUGCAGAUGGGUCAAAAUCUGGCCAUCACUUUCAACUCGGAUCGAUUGAAGACGCCGAAUUGGGCCGAUGCAGCGAUCGACCAGUGGUACUCGGAAGUGGAAAACGUGGACUGUCGUAGUGUUUCCAGUUUAACGAGUCUGCAAGGAGCCAACGACCGGAAUAUUGGCCAUUACACUCAAAUGGUUUGGGCGGAAACGACGGCCGUGGGUUGCGCGGCCGUCGGUUACACGGACGAUUCCAUAGCCGAGAUGCCGUACCGAAUCCUUUACGUCUGUAAUUACAGUCCACAGGGCAAUUUUAUCGACCAACCGAUUUACGACGCCGAUUUCUCAUCUUCCAACUGUCCGGAAUUUCGCUAAUAAAAGAAGUUUCCAGGCAAUAAUAAAAUACACUGUGACGACACAACAUG